AUGAGGCCAGGCACAGACAUCGACGCGGUCAAGAUUCGGUAUCUAUUCGAGAAACUGCACUUCUCUGUCGACGUUGAGGAAGACCUCACACGUCAGGCGAUGAAGCAAAAGCUGGAGGAAUUUGCCCAGGCGCCGGAACACCGCCAGAGUAACUGUUGCGUCGUGGUCAUCAUGAGCCACGGAUAUCAGAGCCCUGGUGAAGAUCCUGAAGGUUCAUGGAGACCCUUGGGACAACAGCGUGGAUCCACCUAUCGGCCCUGUCCUUAUGGCGUCUACUCCUCCGAUGGGAGGGCGCUUGAGGUCGAAUGGAUCAUUCAACAGUUCAGCAUUGCCGAGGCCUUGAAAGGGAAACCGAAGCUCUUCAUCAUUCAAGCUUGCCGGGGAGAAGAACAACAACAAGCACGGGGGCAAAGUGGCAAUUUGGUUGAGUCUGAUGGAAAUCGGUUUGGAGGGGCGUCCCAAUAUGAAUUUAACGCUGAUGAUAUUUUCGUGGCCAAUUCCACCAUUCCCUACUACGUGAGCUACAGGAACUCGCAAGAAGGAACAUGGUUUAUCCAGUCAAUUUGCCACGUUUUUGCGGAAUCUGCUCACAACACGGAUUUGCAAGGUUUGAUAAGAAAGGUCCACGACCGACUGGCCAUGCACGAAGGACCAAACGGAGAGAAGCAGAGCGCUGAGCUGUGGGUCAGAGGGAAAACAAAGGCUUUGUUCUUCAAUCCUGGUUUCGUGGAUCCUUGAAGGCG